CAUAAAAAGUCUUCUUAUAGGUGGUUAAGCAUAGAUUUAAACAGUUGCAAACGUUUUUUCGGAACAUCGUGUUGUUUCAGAGGAAGCGGUAAAUUCUUAAGCUUUAACAAUGAUGAUGUCGAAGAGAUGUUUUCUUGUAGCAGUUCUCUGUCAUAUGACUGUGCUAUUCGUCACAGGUCAAGAAACUACAAUUACAUCUACAGCUGCAAAAUUAAACAAUGAUGAUGUGAAAGGAGAUGCAGCCGAAGCUACUACUACCGUUGGAGGAAAUACGGCUGUUACUUCAGAAGGUCUCUCAACAACGAAGUCACCUUCAACUACUUCAGAGACUGAUAAGAGCACAAAAGAACCAACAGCGCAAACGACUGGUACAGCUAGUUUGCAAACUUCCAAGAAAAUUUCCACUUCUACCGAAGAAGAUAAUAAGCAAACAACAACUUCCAAGUUACAAGAUUCAACAGCGAAUGAUAGAACAACGAAUCAAGCUCCAACAGUGGCAGAUUCUAAAACUUCUAUCAAUGAGACCGCUGUCAAUACAACCAAUACUAUUGCAGAUAAUACUGUCACUACCAGCACAACCAACAACACUGCGGAGGAUACUGUCACUGUAAAAACAUUCGAUAUUUCAGAAAAUUUGACCACUUCAUCUGUUGGAGUUGAGUCAUCAUCUACACAAUCGAAUCUUGAUAGCAAAAUAUCAACCGUCGAGCCUAAACAGGGUAACUUAACUCCAAGUACGGAAAAAGCUAUCGAAUCAACAAAAGUAACAGAAACUGUGGCCACAACGGAGCCUUCGGAGGAACAGAAUACUGAUGUUGCAGGCAUCACUUCCCAAAUUCAUUUGAGUUGUAAAAAUUAUUCGAUUAAAGCGUUUAAGCCAGGACAUGUGACGUUACCGUGCAGUAUCCGCACAACUGCAGAUAUCGAUUGCAAUGAAACGGCCUUGAUAUGGGGAAACGAUAAGAAUAGCGUUACUUGCGGCAACACCAAUUACGGAGUUGGUUUAAAAAUCGAAGAUAAUAGUGGCACGCGUAAUUAUACUGGUGAUAUUAGCUUUUCUGAUGAAGCAGAUUUAGAGGGUGAGAUUAAGAUGACUAUAAAGGUUGUUCUAGAGAACAAUGAGGAGAAAGAAGCUAAUUUUAAAAUUGAAUUUAUUGGUAGGUAG